GGGCAGGUCGAAGAGUUGCGCAAACCUUUUAAACCAGUGGAGUUGUUUAGGUCUGUCCACGCUUCUCAAACAUGUUGACCAUAAUUCUCCUACCGUUUUGUCUUUUCUUUAUCCUUUUUAGUUUCAUGUGCCGAAGGCCGAAGAAUUUUCCACCAGGACCCACUAUCCUGCCAAUCCUGGGGAACCUCUUGAGCCUGAGCUUGGAGAACCCCUUGCAAGACUUUGAGCGGCUGAGGAAGGCAUAUGGAAAUGUCUACAGCUUGUACCUGGGUCCUAAACCUGCUGUUAUUGUUAAUGGAUUACACGCCAUGAAAGAGGCUUUAGUGUCCAAAGCGAUUGACUUCGCUGGACGACCCCAAGACCUUUACGUUAAUGAUACCACAGACAGAAAAGGAGUCAUCCUGGCUGACUAUGGGUCUUCUUGGAAGGAACAUCGUCGAUUUGCUCUUAUGACUUUGAGGAAUUUUGGUCUUGGGAAGCAGUCAAUGGAGGAGAGGAUUCUGGGAGAAAUUGAAUUCAUCAUGAAAACACUGGAAAAGAGCAUUGGCAGUACCUUGAGUCCCCAAUUGAUGUUCCAUAAUGCAUCCUCUAACAUAAUCUGCCAGAUUCUGUUUGGUAAACGCUACGAUUAUAAUGACGACUUCAUCAAAGUGAUUGUUCAAUGUUUCACUGAGAAUGCCAAGUUGGCAAAUGGACCCUGGGCUAUGCUGUAUGACUCCUUGCCGAUGAUUCGUGGUCUUCCAUUGCCCUUCAUGAAGUCUUUUGAGAAUGUGAAGAUAUGUCAAAAACUUGCAAAGGGUUUGUUGGCUGAGCACAAGAGGACCAGAGUCCCUGGAGAACCACGAGACUUUCUUGACUGCUAUCUGGAUGAACUGGAUAAGAGACGUGAUGAUGAUGGUUCCUCAUUUUCAGAGCAACAGCUAACAAUGUACGUGCUAGAUAUUCACUUUGCUGGGACAGACACCACCUCCAACACCCUUCUGACUGCUUUCCUUUAUCUUAUGACUCAUCCACACGUACAAGAGCGUUGCCAACAGGAGAUUGAUGAGGUGUUAAAAGGGAAGGAUAAAGUGUCUUUUGAUGACAGAAACAAUAUGCCAUACGUGCAGGCUGUAAUCCAUGAAGUUCUGAGAGUAGCGAACACUGUGCCACUGAGUGUCUUUCACUGUACUACAAAAAACACAGAGCUGAUGGGAUAUUCUAUUCCAAAGGGUACAAUGAUCAUCCCAAACCUGACCUCAGUGCUCCAUGAGGAAGGCCAGUGGAAAUUUCCUCAUAAAUUCAACCCUGAAAACUUCCUCAAUGACCAGGGCGAGUUUGUCAAGCCAGAGGCCUUUAUGCCUUUUUCUGCAGGUCCUCGCAUGUGUCUUGGUGAGGGUUUGGCUCGUAUGGAGCUCUUCAUCAUCACGGUGACUCUGCUCAGAAGGUUUAUGUUCAUCUGGCCUGAGGACGCAGGAGAGCCAGACUUCACCCCAGUCUAUGGGGUCACUCUCACUCCCAAACCUUAUCGCAUGAAAAUUCAACAAAGAGCAAUGUAGUCAAGAUGAGCGCAGACCUAAAAAUUAAAGGAGCGUAACAUCAUUUAUUUGCUAUUGUAGCAUAGAUAACUGGUAAGCCUCGGCAUGGUGCAUACCUCAAUUAUUUUUCUAACACGAUGGAGUGGAAGACUGAGCCUGUUUUGCCUCAAACUACGGGACUAAUAGACCACUAGACACUAACCGUUCACUCUUCCAUCUUGAUGGCCAAAUUCCAGAAGAGACAAAGAAAGUGUUAAUCUAAGCAUGGCAUUGAUUUGUCUUUUGUCUUAAUUGUGUGUGAAUGCUCAAGUAAAGGAAUAUAUUAACACACACAAUCGCUCACACAUCACUGCCUAUCAAUCAACUGUUUAUUUCUUAUCAUUUCAAUCAUUAAUUGGGUAUUAAACUUGAGUUCUUAAAUGGAAAUUCACUCUUGUUUAGAAUCUACGUGCAGCUCAGAUUACAGAGGGAAUGAAUAUGUUAAAAUUAUGUAGGGGAGAAUAAACCAUCAAAAGCCAAAGUUAAAUGAAGGAAUGUGGGAUUGACGAUGUGAGAUGGAGGACACAAUUUUCCCACCCAGGGUCCGACAUUAAGCCAAUUUAGGUGGUGGCCAGGAAGGGCCACGAUGAGCCAAGUUGUGGUGGCUCGAUCAGAACCUCCAGUGGCCCCACAUAUUCACCAUACCACACAUUAGGUUUUAGUGACUAUUUCGUUAUUUGCGUCUCUAUACUGUAUUAUUUAAGCCCCUUUUAAGAAAUUAUUAGUACAACUGCAUUCAUGGCUGCGACUGUGUACUAACCUCACUAAAAUCAAGGCGUUGCAAUAAUGCUUCAAAGAAAAAAAUGAUUACAAAAUUAUUAAAAUACUGUGAUUUGA